CUCUCUCUGCUGCCUCCUCUUUUCCCCUCGUCGCUUCGUCGUCCGCCUCCUCCGUCUCCUCGACUCGUCCCCUCAUCGUCCAUGGCGUCUCUAGGGCUCGGUCUCUGCGGUUACCCCUCGUCCCACGCGAAGGCGCUGCUCCGUUCUCGACUCGGAUCCCGGCGGGGGAGGAAGAGGCAGGUCGUGGCUCGAGGCUCCGUUGGCCAGCAGCCGCUCACCGCCAGCGGCCGGCCCACCUCCGAAUCGAGGAAUCCCUUUCCGGGGAAGCUGGAAGCAGAUGUAGUUGUUAUCGGAAGCGGUAUUGGUGGAUUAUGUUGUGCUGGUCUUUUAGCUAGAUAUCAGCAGGAUGUUCUUGUCUUAGAAAGUCAUGAUCUUCCUGGAGGUGCUGCUCAUUCAUUUGAAGUGAAGGGGUAUAAAUUUGAUUCAGGACCAUCUUUAUUCUCGGGAUUUCAGUCAAGAGGACCUCAAGCUAAUCCUCUUUCACAGGUUCUUGAUGCACUGGGAGAGCCAGUUCCAUGUGCAACUUACGACUCAUGGAUGGUUUACGUUCCUGAAGGUGAAUUCUUGUCACGGAUUGGGCCUACAGAGUUUCUUAAGGACCUAGAGACGUUUGUUAGUCUUGAUGCUGUUCAUGAGUGGAAAAAGCUUCUUGAAGCAGUUCUUCCAAUGUCUGCAGCUGCAAUGGCUCUACCUCCUCUUUCUAUUCGAGGGGAUUGGGGCGUUGUUUCCACUGCAGCAGCAAGAUAUGCUCCAUCUCUCUUGAAAUCAUUUAUCCAAAUGGGGCCUCAAGGAGCUCUAGGUGCUACAAAACUUUUGAGACCCUUCUCAGAGAUAAUUGAUUCUCUUGAGCUGAAACAUCCUUUUGUUCGAAAUUGGGUGGAUCUGCUAUGCUUUCUACUUGCAGGAGUUAAAUCGGAUGGCAUAAUAUCAGCAGAAAUUGUUUAUAUGUUUGCUGAAUGGUAUAAGCCAGGAUGUGUGCUCGAGUACCCACUGAAGGGAAGUGGGGCUGUAGUAGAUGCUCUUGUUCAAGGAUUGAAGAAAUAUGGUGGAAGACUAGCACUUGGCAGUCAUGUUGACAAAAUUGUGGUUGAAAAUGGUCGAGCCACGGGUGUUAAAUUAAGUAGUGGACACUUUGUACGUGCCAAGAAAGCCGUUGUUAGCAAUGCAUCUAUGUGGGAUACACUCAAUUUACUUCCUCCAGAUGUUGUCCCAAAUACUUACAAAGAACAAGUUGAAGCAACCCCUCAGUGUGAAUCAUUCAUGCAUCUUCAUUUGGGAUUUGAUGCACAGAAUAUUUCGGAAGACCUAGGGAUCCAUCACAUAGUUGUUAAUGAUUGGAGCAGGGGUGUGGAUGCUGAUCAGAAUGUAGUAUUAAUUUCGGUUCCAAGUGUUCAUGGUAAAGGAUUGGCACCUCCUGGAAAGCAUGUCUUGCAUGCUUAUACGCCUGGUACAGAACCCUAUAGCUUGUGGGAAGGGCUCGACCGUAGAAGCAUGGAAUAUCGAAAACUAAAGGAAGAGAGAUCAGAGGUGAUGUGGAGAGCAGUGGAGCGUGCUCUUGGCCCUGGAUUUAGCCGUGAGAAAUGUGAUGUAAAAUUAGUUGGAACGCCAUUGACACACCAGAGAUUCCUCAGGAGGAACAGAGGAACGUAUGGACCAGCUAUAAAAGCUGGAGAAGCCACUUUCCCUGGCCAUUCGACGCCUAUUCCGCAGCUCUUUUGUUGUGGUGACUCAACAUUUCCGGGGAUCGGUGUCCCAGCGGUGGCAGCUAGUGGUGCCAUAGUUGCCAAUACUUUAGUUUCUGUAUCGCAGCACUCUCAGCUUCUGGAUGCCAUUGGGAUUUGACUGUCACUGUUUGAAUGGUGAGCACUGCAACCUACGGUUGUAGCUGGAGAUGCAAGAUAUCAAUCACCGGAAUACCAGCAAUUGCGGCACAAUUAAUUGUAAACACGAAGAAUGGCCAUAUAUAUAUAUAUAUAUAUAUAUAUAUAUAUAUAUAUAUAUACACACACAUUUUUCCAUUGAUUCAACUGUAAACGGUAAUAUUGAUUUCAUAUGUAUGUCCUACUUUCAUGGAUCUCAGGCAAAAAGUAUGUUGUCAUG